AUGGCGCUGCUCGAGAGCGAGCGUGCGAGAGUCGAGCCGGAGUACACCCGCGCCGUGCUCUCCGCGUACGCGGGCUCCAAGCUCGCCCGCGGGCGGCCAGCAGCCAAAGUGAACGCCAAGCUCCUCACCCUCGAGCGGCAGUACCCGGCCUACGCGCCAGACUUUGCGGCGGUACGCCUCGCGCUCGACCUGCCGCUGUGCAUGAUCCUCGGGCCGGCGACGCCGGGGUACAGCGCCGAGUGGCCGUACCAUUAUGCCCAUCGGGGGAGGGUGGUGCCGCCGCCUGCUUACGACGAGGGCGGGGGCGGGGGCGACGGAGCUCCUCCGGGGUACGCCGAGUGA